AUGACAACAGUAGCCGCGCUACCGGGAGGUGUCAAGUCUCUGUGGAAUCACGUUAAAGUACGAGACGGAAUCGAAAAGCCAAUUAUCGAUAAUACGAUUUUUCGAUUUCACUACCGAAUAACAACUGCGAUUUUUGUGUCAUGUUUUGUAAUACUCACACUCCACGAACUAGUCGAUGAAUCAAUUGUAUGUUUGGGCUCGAAUAACAAAAUCGAAGAAAAACCAGUAGAAGACGCAUUAAAAGCAGUAAAUUCCUACUGUUAUAUGGGAUAUACAUAUACCGAGCAGGUGCCUAAAAGAUGGAAAAUGCAUGAAGUAGGACCAUAUGUGCAGAACAGCGAGAAGAAAAAAAUGAACUCUUUUUAUCGAUGGGUUCCAAUCGUUUUGUUGAUACAGAGCGCUCUAUUUUACAUUCCUCAUUGGAUUUGGAAAGAUUGGGAAGGAAGAAAACUUGACAAUUUGACAAAAAAACUCAGAGGUCCUUCGGUCAAGCCCAAACACGAAAACAAGGUAAAAAUAUUGGCGAAGUAUUGCGCUGAUUCUUUACAUACCCACAAUAUGUAUUUUUGGAUGUAUUUCUUUUGCGAAAUUCUCAACUUCGUAAACUUGGUAUUCAAUAUAUACAUGACUGAUUUACUGCUGGAUGGCCAAUUUAUGCAAUACGGUCCUGAAAUUCUACCAGUCACUCAUAUCCAUCAAAUAAAUAGAACAGAUUCGGUGAUAAAUAUUUUCCCGCGAAUAACGAAAUGCGAUUUUCAUAGAUAUGGUCCGAGUGGAAGCCUUCAAAAUUACGAUUACCUUUGCAUACUACCUAUCAACAACGUGAACGAGAAAAUUUACAUAUUUUUAUGGUUUUGGUUCAGCUUCUUGGUUUGCGUUUCUGUUUUACCCAUCAUACACAACAUUGCCGUCUUCCACUUUUCAUUUUUACGCGGAAUGUAUUUGAAAAAGCACGCUAUUUUUGGAGAAAAACAUAAAAUUGAAGAUCUCGUCAGAAAAACUCAAAUAGGCGAUUUCUUCUUAUGGGACUUGAUUGGUAGAAAUUUAAAUUCGAAAUGUUAUCGCGACUUUAUAAAGGAACUGCACGCAUUGUUGAUUCCUCAUGAAAUGGGAGAACUUCAACAUCUAAGAAGAAAUCAAACCGAUUGUUUUUAA